AUGCCAGAAAAUGUGGGAUACAAUGUGGAGGUGGCGAGUAGCGACGAUGAGGAAUUUGAGAAAGACCUCCUUACGUACCAUCGGGCAAAUUUAUCGAUGAAUGAUGCCUAUGCGGAAGUGAUAUUGAAGAACAACAGAAGGAUGGACGAGGAACAAUGGAAGCAGCACAUAUUUAAUGAGCUUAAAGCGACCUUCCUCGCCGAAGACUUGAAGCUUCCUGUGCGUCUUAUGCUUGGGGUUAUUACGUGGCGUGGUGGCGGUUACAUGGUCUACAGUGGUGCACCUGGCCGUUACUUGCAACAUUUCCUCCAGGAGAACGUCCACUCAAUGAGUUGUUGGACGAAAAUUAAGGUGUGA